AUGGCGCCGCUGAAGAUCCGACAAAACCACUCCUUUACACCGUCGCCUCCACGCCCCCCAAAGGGACCAUACACCCUGCCAGUCAAUGUUCAAGCGCGGAUCAACCCAAAGGUUUUCGGUGCGCUGCUUGGGGGAACCGUGGGCAUAUUUAUCUUUGCCGUCUUAUUCUGGAAAAUCGGCAAGUAUAUUCGGUCGUUCAACCGGCACAGGGUGCUGCGAGAAGGCAAGCUGACGACUUCUCGGUACGCGAGGACGUGGUAUGGCUGGGUACCAUGGGAGACACACCAGAGGAACAAGAGUGUUCUUGCCCAUUCUUUCAAAUGGAUACUAGACUGGCUUUCCUGGGAGUCGAGCAGAACAGACUAUACCUGGAGCUACGAGCCUCCCCAUGCCGACGCAAUGUGGAACCCAGGACCACCCACGCAUUGUCACGGAGCUUUGAUGGGCAGCUUCGAAUCCCAGACUGAUGAUGCAACGAACGAUGGCGGAGUACAGUCCAUGAUGAACACGAGCGAGCCUCCAGGGUCGUCACAUAUGCGCAUGCUUGAAUCGACGGGAACCUCUAUUACUGAGGAACUGUUCACGCCUCCUGAGCAAAUGGAUGGGGCUUGCGACGGCCCUUAUAAUCGACAAAUAUCGGUGUCCGACAUCAAUGCACCGAUGCCAUGCAUUACCAAAAAGUUGGAUAAAUCGAGCGGAUUCAGACGAUAUACAGAUUCACCACUGAAUGCAGCUGCAUGGUCGACGCUGGAUCUCGAACAUUCAGGUGUGCGUGUGCCUCGGAAUCUUCGGGAUCGCUGCAAUACCCGAACUGGUCAAGGAAUUCACGUAGACGGCCAGAGUUUGUCACACUGUCCAGCACAAGUUUUUGAGCCUGCGAUGCACGCCCGUCGUGCGCAAUUGCGCAAAUGUCGAGCCUGGUCGGCAAAGAUGCAGGUCAAAGCCAAAAGUCGAACGUUACGCGCGAUACGAGAUUCAUCUGGUCCACCCGGGACUCCCUUCGUCGAAAUGUUAACCAGCUUUCUUUCGGAACAAAGCGUCUCGGAAAUCUUUAUGAAGCAGAAAUUCCGCAGCAAUAGCCGCCAGUCUAAUGCUGUGUCUGUCCAACGACCCAUCUCAAUUGACCAAAAGUCCCAGCGCGAGGCAAAGUUACCAGAUAGAGCGAAGAAAUAUCACACAACGCCAGUCAGGCUCCGUCCACGGCCAGGUCAAGCACCAGAAGCCGGUCGAAGACCAACUGAUACAUGGGAUUUUCCAUUGCACGACGACAGUAUCUUAUCUCCAAAUACGUCUCUCCGUAAAAUCUCGUUGUUCUCCAGAGGAGAAAAUACGAAGCCCUCGAAUCGCAUGAUAGGAUGGUCAGAGGAUGGACUUUGCGACUGGGAGGUGAAACUGGUGGAUGAACUGAACCGCAAGCUGGGAUGGAUUUUCGACGAGACUACACCUGGUCAGAAACCGUAUCAGUUCCCUCUGCUGGCAAACCAUUGGUUAAACCGUGAGACCUGGUUGGUGAUUGAUCCAGUAUCGCGAGUUCCCACCGAUUCGAGACGAGCGUGGGGAGACCCACGAUUCAACGUUCCCUAUCCAGAGCCAACCUAUAGCCCCAGACCGAAAUACUCAGGCCUCAUUCAUAGGCGCGCAUAUAACCCGCGGAUCGACUCAUGGCGCGCCGCAGUUAAUCGACAGAGAAAGGCAUCUGGACUCCGUGAUGCUGUUCGAACGGUGGAGCUCUACGAAGACUCGGUCGAGGAGCCGCCGGAUGGACAUCUCGACCCUGGAAGCUGGAUGUUUCCAAGACCCCCUCAGGGGUUCGAGGUGUCGACAAAACAGAAGAACGCCUGGUACGAAGGCGGAACUGGCUGGCAGGAGACACUCGAAGAUUGGCAGCAUGUUCCUCGAGGUUACCGAAUUCGAAAACUGUUGCAGGAGGGGCGUGUGAAUCGAAAUUGGGUGAAGAACGUUGCCAUGAAGGUCCACCGAUCCUGUCGCUCCGUGUCUCACAAGAUCAUUUCCCGAGAUAUCGAGCGAAUUCCCAGUCCUAGUUUGAGUGUAUCAUGA